GCAAGUGUGAGGGAAGGGAGGUCGUGAGUUCGCAGCUCCAGGGGACAUCACUAUAUAAGGUCAAAGGAUUCUGUUUAAAAUAAGAUAACUGGGGUACAAAUAUGGCAUUACAGAAUCUAUGCCGUUCUAAGUGACGGAAAAUAAUGUUUGUGUUCCCAUCUAGUGAUGCAAUACACGUGGAAAUUGUCGAUAUAUAGUAUUUAAGAUCAUCUGGUGAUUAUGCUCAGAAGUGCAAAUAUCCAAUAUCUGAUUAUUAAUGUAUGACUGACAUCUGUUGUUACAAUAUCCAUGAAUGUCGAAUGACAGUGAUUUAUAUUUGAUAUCAAGCGAAUGAUGAUCUUACAACAUAAGAAAAGAGGAAGAGCGUAGAGAUUCUUAAAAAAAAAUUAACGCAAAGGAAAACUAUUUAUUGGCUUAGUCAAGAAUGAAAAAAAUUAGCUAGUGCUUAAGUACAUUAGUAGCAUAAAAGACGAGUGUGUUAAACAGCGGAUGUAUUCCGGAGUCCAAAUGAGUGUGUCGUGAGCGAAAAGCUAAAAUAUGAACGAUGUCAAGUAAAGCAAUGCAAGGAGAGCAAUUCCAAGGCUGUCGCUGAAAGUGAAGUGGUUUCUAUAUUAACAGGCGAUAGUCCUUGAGGUCAGAGAGUAUCUGCCGUAAAUAGAGUAACGGAGACGAAGAACUUUUCAUCAUCAAUUUAUAAACUGUUUAAAGUCAAGUUGAUCUGCAGAUACUCUUCUGCCGAUCUGUAAUCCUAGGAAGAACUUUCCAGAGGUUGUUACUGUUUUUUUUUUUUUUCCUGGAAAGCAAACUGAUGAACUGACUUAGUACCGAGAAAAUACAUAAUAGAUCAAACCAAACCAAUUUUAGAAUAUAAGGGAUUAUCUGUAUCGCAACGAUGAAUUACAAAGACAAACUUUGACAAAAAAGUGAAAAGUGCGAGGAGACGAUUGCAAACUAUUUACUGAAAAAUGGAGGCUUUGCGUCCUGAACUGAGGACCAAAUAUUUGAGAGACUUUUAAAACGGAGUUGAAAGGGAGACAGUGGCCUUCGGCGUAGGAGUUCCCUUCACAAUUUUCUGUGAUUAAUAUACAUAUCAGAUAUGACCACAAACGCUAUACGAGGAAUCAGGAGGAAAAAGUCCUCCUUAUCCGAGGUAAAAAUAGCUGUCCUGGGCGCACCUGGAGUGGGGAAAAGCGCUCUCAUCGUUCGGUUUCUCACGAAAAGAUACAUCGGAGAGUAUGAUCACCAGGCAGAGCAAAGAUACCGAAACGAGAUCCUGGUCGAUAAUGAACCAGUAUUAUUCGAAAUUCUAGACACCUGUAAUAAGAACACGGAGGCUCUACCGUCGCAGGAGACCAUCAGCUGGGCUGACGGCUUCCUUCUCGUUUACUCCAUCACAGACCGCCAGAGCUUCAACUGGGUGAAGCGGGUCAGACUCCACAUAAGCGAACGCAAAGGUCGCUCGGGUUUGUGCGGGACGACAACCCUCACGCCCAUGCCUCCCGUCCCGGCAGGAGUGGGCGGGGAUGUUUCUCCGACCCUAGGACCACCCAUGGUGUUGCUCGGAAACAAGGCAGACAUGGUGCACCUGAGACAGGUGUCUUCCGAAGAGGGUGAGAUCUUGGCCAAGGACCUGGAGUGCUACUUCAGCGAAGUGGCAGCGUCCGAGCAGGUGCUGCAGGUGGCCAACGCCUUCCACGAGGUCUUCAAGGAAGUGCAAAACGUCAGGAAGAGGAACAAGACAUCGCUUCUAGACCGAGUUUUAGGGAACAAGGCAACUAAAAUCUACGUCCGAGGUAAAAGCGAUUCGGCGUUACCCAAGGAAUGACUAUUAAAUUUGACCGUGUAAAUAAGACACGCGGGAGGAGUGUGACAAUUCGAAGUUCCAUUUAUGCUCUCGUCAUCUGUUGAUUCUGCAGUCUAGGUCUCUUUGUUGGUGAGGUCAUCAGCAGUGUUUAAGCAAGAAGACUGUCGACUGAACUUUUUUUAACAGACGACAAGUGGGGCAUCAUAAUUUAUUUAUUUUACAUGUAUUUGAAUCUGACACAGAACAUGGCAUGAAUUACUUUUAUGAGCUAUUUUGUCAGCAUCAGCAAAGGAUUUACUUCCAUUUUUUAAAUAAAAGAACAAAUGUGCACAAGCACAAAAAUCCCGGUCAUGCACUAAUUUAUCUCAAAAUUUCAAAGUAAAAUCCAGAAUCACAAACACUUAAAAAUCUAAGCUUAAUGGACAGAAUUCCUCUUCCAGUUUUCGUAACGGGUACGAUUCACUGAAUAAAUCAUUCGGAUAACUUAAGAAGAACUAUGAGACGUUUGAGAGGAACACAUCGUUCUCUAGUUUCAUUUAUUUACACGAAGAUGCGCUUUUAUCAUCAAAAGUGUCGAAAAGGAGACCAGAUUUAUGAAAACCGUCCGCAGCAAGCUGAAAUAUUCAGCUUUGAAACUCAACAUCGUAACCAUAACUUUUUGUAAUAUUUUUCCCCUCAAAUGUUCAGGUUUAUCCAGCAACUUGAAGCCGUCUCUUCCGAUAAAAUCUGCCAAUCAAAGUCUUCGAACCCAAGUCACUGGAGAGCUAUUGCUGGAAUAAGUCAUUUUUUUCUAUGCGAGGAAAUCUUGGGGUUACACUAACAGAACGGUAAAUCGAAAUAAGGUUUAUCCCGAAUACACUAUUGAAAAAGAUAUAAUUUCCUUCAAAACCCUUCGUAUAUUGAAUUACAUUUUAAAACUAUCAUGAUGGUAUCCAGAACUUAAACUAUUUCAUAGCAAGUCGUCUAUCUGUUUGAAUCUCAGGUCACGAUGCCAAAAACGUUGACUUAUUCUGAACAACUUUGGUGUUAAAAGUCAGCAAUACGUCAAGACUAAUGAAUAAAGCAAACACUGAACACUUUCAGAAAGUAUAUGAAGCUCUUGUAUCAGGUACUUGGGUCAUAAAAAUACAUUCAGUAAAUGGGAAUCAUCCAUUAAGCUAAAGAAAUCACUGGUUGCAAUGACAACCCUUCUCCCUGACGUUCUUAUUUACACGGCAUCCUUUCAAUUUUCACGUAACGGACGCACAAAAAAUACAAUAUCUAUCACGAUCCCAUCGCAUAAAUAGAUAUGGACUGAAAUCUUACAUGACGGGCUCUCCGACACAGGCCACUGAUUAUGAGUUAUUUAAAUUCCGAGUCUUAUUGUCAAUACAAGAUGUUCUUGAAGGAAACAUUAUUUUUUCUUGAGGUGUUACCAGCAAUGGAUUUCGUUUCAUGGGAGGGAAAUCCAGAACACUUCUCGGGAUUGCAUGUUUUUUUUUUUUUUAAGUGUUAACUAGUUUAUUUGUAUGAAAGUGAUAUGCAUAGAUUAAUGGUGCUAGAGUUGUCUCAUUAGAUAAUAAAAUGAAAAUGUCUCAAA